AUGGUAGUAACGAAGGAGCUAGAAGUAGCUCAAUCAUUGGAUGACGCCGAUUCAUCGUGGAGUGAAGGCGAUCGAAGUGUAGAUCGUUUUGUUCCGGUGCUUAGUAGUUUUCUUAGUACUGCCAAAAAGGAUUUCGAACAAACGGAAAAGCAGUUCGAUGAUAUGAAUGUUAAUGGAGGAUUUGUUUUGGGCGGUGUGGAUAUAGAUGAUGACCGAUAUUUUGCGGCUUCCAGUUUUAUCUAG